AUGGAUCCACUGCAAAAGUCUAAGGCUUUGUGCCUGAAGCGCAAGCCCGAUGAUGAUUGCUUGGCGAAAAACAGCAAGUCCCAUCAUACUGAAAUUGAUAAUGUAUCUUCUAUGGUGCACAGCGGAUCCUCAUCGGAUUUACCUGCUCACAGUUGUCACAGCCAACCUAAUCUUGCUAAUGAUUGUGUUAAUUACCUGAAAAGUGGGGCGCCAAGUCGUGUCGUGUUUUACAAACAAGGUUCAUGGUGUGACUUUCCUGACAAAAUAGUCACAUCCAUUGUUGAUGCAUUCGGAGGUGACAAAUCUAGUAUCGUUGUUGUGAUGGAUGACCAGCCUCUACUUAUUGAUUUCUUAUCAAUGACCUUGGUGAACCUAAAAACGAGGAAACAGCGAUCUGUUGCAUGGCUUGAUGGGACUAACAACUGGUCUUUUCCGUCUUCAUUCUUUGAUGAGGAAGUUGAAGAAUCCGCAAAGUUGAGCAGAAAUGUUGUUGAAGGUGCUGCACUAGGUUCCGUUAGGGGUAAUGUUGUGAAGCCUCCAUCUGAUGUGGCGAAACAAGCUAUGCUUGAAGCCAGCCCUCCAGUUAUACAGAGUUCUUGUGCUUUAGAUAUAUUGCGUAAGAAGAUUGUACAUGUUGAAAGAGGAUAUCCCUGCACAGCGUAG